ACGCUGACUGUGGAACAUCGAAGCCAGUCUGCGACGUUGCAUCAAAGUGCCCGAACAAAACGUUAUCACUUGCACAGACUGUCUGCGAAGAAAGCUUUAUGAGGGAACACGGCCUCGUCCUUCCCCCCGAAUAUGUGAACAAAGAGGCGAACAAAUGGUACUGCUGUAUGAUGCAGUACAGCCAGAAUUGUCUUCAGGACACGCUCAAACAACAAGGAUGCGAUUCCGAAGACUUUUUGCAGGGGUUCACUCGGAAAGUUGAGACUCAAUGUGGAACGUCCAAGUCGUUCUGCUCUGCUCAGUGUAAUAACAACACGUUAUCCCAUGCCCAGUUUGCGUGCAGCGAGAGAUAUAUGCAGAUCCAUGUGCUGAAUCCUGAAAAACCGGGACAAUUGAGCCCGGAUGCUCAGAAACGUUACUGCUGUAUGAUGGAAUACAGCAAGACUUGUCUACCGGAACUACUCAAACAACAAGGAUGUGACGACACAGGUUUUGUUCAGCUCUUCUUCCAACGAAUAAAUAGAAAGUGUGGAACAUUUAAAUUGGACUUCGCCGUUGUCAGUCUAGUCAUAAAGGUCGUUUGCCCCCGGUGGGGACAAGCGACCUUGGGUGGCAUAUGGUAA